AUGGUGGGCACAGUAAAUGGUCCACACUCAACAGCAACAGCUACACCGGUAGGCCCUCCAACUCAAUCUGGUAAUACUCCUGUAAUGACUGCGACUGGGGGUCUAGCAAAUGAAAUAAAACAAGCCUUAAUUAAUAUGGAUCAACUACGUGUGAUAGAAUUGAAAAGUUUAUGUAAAUCGUUAAAAUUAUCCACAGGAGGUUUAAAAGCAGACUUACAAGAACGAAUAGGUGCAUUUAUUAAGAGAUCUAUGUGUGCAGGAGGGAUUGAUCCAUGGAGGCCAAAGGCUAUUAAUAGUUUAAUAGCAAAGUUAAAACAAAAUGAAACCACACUACCAUUAUAUUUUGACGUAUGGGAAGCCAUAAAGACUGGACGACCUCUUCCAUCUGCUAGACAAUCAUUAAACACAACGGAAGGAACAGGACAGUUCCGAACAUAUGUUGGACCACCUCCAAAUGGAACACCUCAAUAUACUCAACAAGCCGUGACAUCAGGAGGAACGCAAUCUAUAAAUAAAAAUAAAAAUGAUAAGUUUACAUCAGAGAGUUAUGUGUCGUCAAUAUUUUAUAGAAUAAUACGGAAAGUUUCAAAUUCUGAAAUGUAUUUAUCGCAGACAGAGCAAAGAGGUAGGAAACAAAGUAUGUUCAAAUUUUAUAAAUCAGAGUGUCUUAAUCCACAAACAGGUUCUAAAUACAAACUUUUUUUAUUUUGUCAUGAAGUAACUGCAUAUAAGAGAAAAGGACCUGAAGAAAUCAAAUUUCCAUUUUUAAAUGAAAUUUCUAUGAAUGGAAAAAAAAUAACCGAUAAUGUUAGAGGGAUCAAAAAUAAACCUGGUACUGCAAAACCUGCAGAUUUAACAAAUUUUAUAUCAGAUAAUGGGUCCAAUGUCGUUGAAAUUCUAUAUGCUCAAACAAGUAAAGAUUUUAAAGCCACUUGUUAUCUCGUUUCUGAAUUUUCACCGGAGAUGUUAGUACAACAACAGGUCCUUCAACGACCAAAGAUCUCACGAUCAGUAACAUUAUCAUUUAUUAAGAAAACUUUAAGUGAGGAAAGUGAUGAUGAUUUUGUAACGACUUCGAUGAUUUUAAGUUUGCAAUGUCCUAUAUCAUAUACAAAGAUGAAAUAUCCUGCCAAAUCGGCCAAAUGUGAUCAUAUUCAAUGUUUUGAUGCAUUGUGGUAUUUGCAUUCUCAAAGACAAGUACCGACAUGGCUAUGUCCAAUUUGUUCUAAAGUUAUUCAUUUUGAACAAUUGGAGAUAUCAGAAUAUGUAGAAGAUAUUAUACGACAAUCUAGUGAUGAUGUAGAACAAGUACAAAUUAAUACAAAUGGAGAUUGGAUUCCCAUACAUGAGGAUGAACCUAAUGAUGAAAAGGAAAAACCUAACACUAAAGAUGAAGUUAAAAAAGAAGGUACUGCAAGUUUAGGUUCUGUAGCUACAGAAGACAAGCAUUCGCAUUCUCAUGGUGGGAAUGCAGAUACUGUUGUCAUAUCAUUGGAUUCUGAAGAAGAAGAAGAAGAAGAAGAAGAAGAACCUGAAAGAGAAGUUGCUACAUCUGCUACUAAUGUAGCAACAAAUAAUAUAGCGGUUGCACCAACUGGGGAUAUAAACCUGCCAAGAAACACAGAUGGUGAUAAUAAUAAUCAUGAUUCGGAAGUUGAUUCAGAUGAACCAUUAUCCCAGAUUAGACGACGUCAUCCUGGUUCUGAUAAUAUUGAUAAUACUAAUAAUAAAAAUGGGCAUAUUGAGAUUGUCUCAGGAAAUGUACCAAACGAUAGUAGAUCUUCAAAUGCUGGCAUUGUCCGAGCCAUGAAUAAUAACAAUGAUGUAUCUGUAUCUAAUAUAAUGGAGCCAUCUAUGUUUUCGUCUACCCUCAUUGCCGCUCAAACUGAAUCUUUACAGAUUCCUACACCUCCAGCAGAUUCAUUACCAAAUGGAGCCACAGCAACAAAGAGUGUUGUUCCUACAACAACUGCUACAGGUACUGUAACAACGACAACAACUAAUGAUGAUGAUGAUGAUGAUGAUGAUACUAAUCUACCCAAAAAUGACGAUGGGCAAAUUGUAACUAAUACGAAUAAUACAACUAAUAAUAAUCCUUUACUGUCAUCGGUUACAUCUACUACUACUGCGUCUCCUUCUAAUUUAUUAGGUCUUACGGGUACAUUUUCCACCGAUAAGCCUGGACUUUUUUCUAAUAAUAGUAGUAAUGAUAGUAAUAAUAAUAAGACGAUUUCAAACUCGACGAGACCUAGUGGGGCUAAUAAUAAAUCAUUGACUACAACGAAUAGUGCUAAUAAUAGUAGUAGUACUAGUAGGCGUGCGGCUAAUAAUAUUAUAUCUCCAUUUAUACCUCGUAAAUUUUAUCCACCUAGUAUUCCCAGAAAGCGUUCUAUUGAGAGACCAAAUGAAAAUAAGGAGAGUGGUAGUACACAUUCUGAUGCUCAACUUAGAAAUGAGCUUGGUAUAGAAAUGAGUAGUGGAGAAUCUGUGGGCCAAUUUGAUGAUAAUACUGAAGUAAUUGAUCUUACAUCUGAUGAUUAA